AUGUCGUCGACAUCCGCAAAGUAUCUAUUAGUUUCGUUACCUACAUCCAUCGCUUCCAACAAUAAAGAAGAAGCGUUUGCAGCUCUCCAGUCUACAGUAUCUGGUGAUUACACUGUUGUCACGCCAUUUAGUCUUCCUGAGUUUAAAAUAGGAACGCUAGACAAUUUAGUCCAACAGGCAGAUGAUCUAGCUAAGCUUGAGAGCAAUUGUGAAGCUACCGUCGCUAAGAUUGGUGACUCUCUACGUAGUCUUUUUGGCGGAGAUGAGGAAAAAAUAUGCCAGCAAAAGACAGUCAACGAUAAACCGGUCGACCAGUACCUAAAAAACUUCGCCUGGAACAAAGUCAAAUAUCGUGUCGAUAAACCCCUUUCAGAACUGAUAAAUGCUCUUCAAAAGGAACUCCUCAGCAUCGAUAACGACGUCAAAAGUAAACUAGCUCACUACAGUCAACUUAAAACCAACCUGAGUUCUCUGCAGCGAAAACAGACUGGAAAUCUCGCUACAAAAUCCCUCGCAUCGAUAGUCAAUCCAUCGCUAUUAAUUCAUGAUUCGGAUUACCUCGAAACUCACAUUAUUGCCGUUCCAAAUAGUAGCUCAAAAGAAUUUAUCCAAUGCUACGAAACAUUAUGUCCCAUGGUCGUGCCUCGAUCUUCAGUCGAAGUAUCACAUGAUGAAGAGUAUAAAUUGUACGCUGUUACAACCUUCAAGAAGCAUAGCGCUGAGUUCCGGCAAAAGUGUCGAGAUAUGAAGUGGAUUGUCCGGGAUUACAAAUAUACAAAGGGCGGGAAAGAAGAAGAACAAAAAGAGGUCGAAAAGGCUGCGAGAGACGAGCGAAAAAUUUGGGGCGAGGCUAUACGUCUUAGCCGUACAGGGUGGAGUGAGAGUGUUAUGAUCUGGAUUCAUAUUUUAGCAUUAAGAGUCUUUGUUGAGACAGUGUUACGAUACGGACUACCAUUAGAUUUCAUAUGUGGACUAAUUAAGACGAACCAAAAAUCAGCUAAAAAAGCCAAACCAGCGUUAGACUCUGCCUUUUCUUAUUUGGGAGGAAAUGCUUUUGGCCGGGAUAAGACAGGAAAGGUUAUGAAAGAUGAUUCAGCGAUAUCGUCAGAAAUAGCUGCUGCAAGCGUUGCAGCCUACGGCAAAGAGGGAACCGAAUAUACGGCGUAUGUCUACUAUGAACUUGAGAUUAUAUAG